GCCAUGAUCUUAGAUCUCAGCCUUCUGAGUAGUUAAGAUUACAAGUGUGAGCCUCUGAUUGGCAAAUGAGCAAUGUCAUUUAAUCAACAAGAAAGGGUCGUGUGUUAUAAUGGGGAAAUCCUUAUUUUUCAGUUGUCUCACCAGAAUUUUUCAGAUAAAAUGUCAGCAGAGACACCCAUACUACAUGUCAGAAAGAUGGUAUUUGACAGCGAAACCAGAACCUUUGCUCUGAAAUCCACUGGAUUCUGUCACAUACAGAAAGCAAGUUCUUAUUUAAAAAUUAUAUGUUGCAAUUGUGUGUCAGAUUUCAGAACUGGAAUUAACCUUCCUUAUGUUUUGAUACAAAACAAAAAAUCGAAUGGUGUUUUCAAAUAUUAUUUGCUGUUUUUGCACAGCACCAAUAAAUUUGAAAAGUGUUUAAGUUUUAGUCUAGGCUAUGAGAUGAAUGAUAGCAUAAGAGUCCAUAAUGGUCCUUUAGUUUUAUGGCAAUACGUCAAGACAUUCUACUGUAUCUCUUCCCAAAAUGGCAAAAUCAUUAGCAUAUCAACUAAUUGGUCUUCUAUUCAGUGGGCAGGUGAGAUCCAAAAUCUAGGUAUGGUUUUUUUGGGGCAAAUGGAAUAUACCUCAAAGCUUUUACAAUCAGAUUAUAAAGUCUGUAAUAGUAAGUUUUGUAUGUAUUCUCUUCAAAGUAAAAAAAUAUUAACUGAUACCUGUAUUAUUCCUCCUGCUUAUAGUAAUGUGGUAACUUAUAUUCAUGUCUGUACAACUGAGAUUGUCAACAAUCAGUUAAGAAUAUCUCUGAUUGCCCUUACUCGAAAGAAUCAGCUCAUUUCAUGUCACAAUGGAACACUUAAAAGUGUGUGCCAGCUUCCAUUUGAAGAUCCUUGUACAGUUCAAUCUUUGGACCCAGGUGAAGGAAAAUUAUUUUUCAUUGUUUUAUUUAGGACCAAUCAUGCUUGUGCUGUUUCAAAAAAGAACUUUCAGGUUACUGCUAAGUGGAAUAAACUUAGCUUAGUACUGGUAGAUGACUUCAUUGGAACUGGAAGAGAACAGGUACUGCUCCUUUUUAAGGAUUCUUUGAAUUCAGAUUCCCUGUCUUCGUUUGAACUAACAGAUCUUGACAGGAUAAACUAUUCAAGUAAACCAGUGGCGUUCUAUGAAGAUGAUUUGUUUAAAGAACAACAUAAGAAUCGUUGCUUGGUGAUUCCACCUCUGCAAAGAAGAAUAGAAGUAGGUUUGGGUUUAACUCAGGAAUUCAGGAAGCAUAUCUUGCUAAAGGAAAAAUUUAUUUUGAAAUCUUGCAAAGCUUUAAUAAACUUGACUCAAACUGACAGUACGUUAAAUGCAGAGGAGGAAUGUCUUGUUCCUUUUUGUGGGGAAGAAGAGAAUUUUGUCAGUACCUUCAAUGAAAAGUUGCCAGAUGUUUUUCAACAUUCAGAACAGAAAAUAGAGAAGAUAUGGUAUCGUAUAUUGGAUGGUAGCUUAAUUGUUGGAGUAAAACCCACAUCUUCUUUAAAGCUAUCCCUGAAUGAUGUGACUUUAUCAUUGUUAAUAGACAAAUCCUAUAACUCCAUUGUUCCGGUUAUUAAGUGUCAAAAUAAGGUGAUUAAGUUGAGUAUGGAUUCUUUCUCAGAACCAUACUUAAAGCCACAUGAAGUAGGAUCUGAGGCAAAAAGGAUCAAGUUGAACAAGGAAGAAAGCUUUAUUGGUGAACAGCCGUCUAAGAAAGAAUGUGAGCAGAUAAUUACUGGUGUAACAUCUCUUUCACCACUUUUAGCACUCAAUAAAUUUUGUUGUGUCGUGCUACUACAAUUUAAAGAAAGAGAUACUGAUAAGUAUCCUGAAGAUCGUUUUAUUCCAUGUGGCAGACUUUGUAUAAGUCUCAAAGAUCUUUCAAGUGAGAAAUACCUACUGACAUUUCCAGAGAAGAAACUGAUAGAGCACAUGGAAGAUCUUUUUGCAUAUCUCACAGUAUUGAACAAAUACUGUUUUCAGCUCACAUCAUCAUCCGGUGGUGCCUUGAAUUUAAUGAAGAUGUGGCUUAUAGAAUGCAUGAACUGUGAAGUCAUCAAAGAAUUUCCAGAAGUGUGCUUUUGUAAAGAACCAAGAAAUGUCUAUGGGACUCUCCUAAAUUGGAAACCAAAAACACCAUUUAAAGGAAUUUUAACAAUCUAUACAAGGAAUCAAACAGUUUUGUUCCAAUGUCUUCAUAAUCUUACUAGACUUCUCCCUAUCAAUUGCUUUUUCCAAAAACUAAAGUCAGGGAGUGAGGAUCUCCUAGUUGAUCAUUUUGCAUUAACUUUGGAGAAUGAACUAGUUACCCUGGCUUCUUUUUCUACGGUAACCUUACACAAUUUUGAAAGCAACUUUGUUCAAAAGUGUGAAGCCAGUAAAGAAAAUAGUAGUACCAAGCCUACUUCACCAGAGACAGAGGACAAAAUCCAUCUGUUCAGAAAGGAAUUUGAGAGAGAAAAGAAGAAAAUGGCGGAAAUGGACCUAAAAAUGAGUGGUGCCCUUUAUAGGGAAAUGACUUUGAAAUUAACUGAGAUUCAGUUGCAAUCAGAUUUGGCUGCAGAGAAAAUGACUCCUUUUUCAUUGAUAAAGUUUUGAUUUCCUUGUUAUAUGCCUCUUCGGUAA